AUGAUAGGCACAAUCUUGUUUCUGGUAGCUUUGAUCAUUAUGGGAAUGAACAUUACCUGUGUUCUGUCUUCUCCAAAAAAAUUAGAAAAACUUGGAGCUUGUCCCAAGAUUUCCCCAGGAAGUGAUGUCAUUUGUGUUGAAUUAUGCGCAGGGGAUCAAUUGUGCCCUGGCCAAAUGAAGUGCUGUAGCAAUGUCUGUGGUCAUAUCUGCAAAUCUCCUGGCUUUUAA